GCCAAACACUGCAAAAUGUAUGUUCCUUUUUCAUCCUUCUUAGUCUAAAAUUCCCCAUGCUAAACCUGAUAGUUACAAAUUAAAUAAAUAUGCAAUAUGAUCCAGUCAUAAUAAAACAGAAGAAUAGAAGAGAUUAAGCAGCUUUCUCUCCUAAACCUUUGCCAUCCCUAUGCCUGUUAUUUUUACCAUGUGACCAUCCGCUGCAUGAUGCCAUUCUCUCAGUGGACAUAUGAGCUCUCCAGUCCCUCCCUCUCUACUUUCUAUUUAUAUUCAGCCUAAUUUCACUCCAGGGCUAUUAUUGUUCCCACUGACGACUCUCCCCUGUCACUUGUUGCCCUUCUUCUACUUCAUUUCCGUCGUCAGUUCCUUUCCUCACACGCCUCCCAUAUCUGAUGGCUGGGCUAAUGGAGGCCUUCCAAUGUGGGUAUGGUUGACAACUUCAUUACCACUAUUUGUGCGUUUAUUUCCAAUCUCCUGCAUGCUGUGUGGAGAACGUUAGUGUCCAAGCCAGCUGGUUUGGCAUUGCCAUACGAGGAGCGAGGCCCGUCUUUUAGGGAGUUCAUGGAGGAGUUGAACCCCAGACAAUUGGCUGUCAAACAGCUGAAGCAGCAGUUCCUAGAGGCCUUGCAGGCAAACAAUGCCCAGCAGGUCCUGCAGAUUCUGCACAGCGGGAAACUGGAUAUUGACACUGUGCUGGAGGUGGAGGACCCCAGCAUGGUCCUAGCAUCAUACAAACAAGGUUAUUGGCUCCCAGGCUACAAACUGGAAAAGUCCUGGGCGAUGGGUAUUCAUGUAUGUGUGAUGUACAAUGCUCUGGAAACCGCGCUGGUGCUCCUUCAGGAAGGUGCAGCCAUCAACCGCAUGCCCAACGGGAAGACGCCGCUGCAUGUGGCCUGCGAGGUCUCCAACAGCGACUGUGUUGCCUUGCUUUUGGCUCACGGGGCAAAGGUCAACAGCCUAUCGCUGAGCGGUCACACACCACUGCACUACUGCAUCACCAGGGAGUCUGUGGACUGUGCCAAGCAACUCAUCCUCAAAGGAGCAAACGUCAAUCUGCCCAGCCACAACAACAGUGAGGACACACUUUUACACACAGCAGCCAGAUUCGGUGUCCCAGAGCUGGUGGCUCUCUACUUGGCCCAUGGAGCGUCUGUGAAUGCAGUCAACUCUCUCCAGGAGACUCCCCUGAUGACUGCAGCCUUCUGGGGGUUUGACACCAAAGAACAAAUCUACAGCCAAGAUCACCAUAUUGUCUGUCGCCUUCUCCUGGACCACAAGGCAGACCCGAACCUCCAAGAAGAGGACCAUAAAACUGCUCUUCACAAGGCAGCCUGGAGCUGUGAUCAUGUCCUGAUGCAGAUGCUGCUGGAGGCCGGGGCUGAUACACAAGCCAUGGACAUCAAUGGCUGUACCCCCAUCCACUAUCUCCUCAAAGUGACUGAUGUCAGGCCUAUGGCCAUCCCUGAGCUCUGCUAUCAGCUGCUGCUCAACUAUAAUGCAGCACGGAUCUACCCGCCCCAGUUUCACAAGGUGUUGCAGUCCUGCCAUGACUACCCCAGAGCAAUAGAAAUCAUGGUCAACUCUUAUGAACGUUUAAAGCCCACAAAUAAGUGGAGGGCUGCCAUUCCUGAUGACUGCUACAAGCGACAUAAAGUCUUCUACGACUCUUUGUUUGCGGUUUGCACCAACACUCCUCGCAGCCUGCUCCACCUGACCAGAUGUGCCAUCAGAGCCAAUCUGCGUGGGUUCUGCCACAGAGGCGUAGCACAGCUGCCUCUGCCAUCUCCACUGAAGAAAUAUCUAUUACUGGAACCUGAGGGGAUACUGUACUGAUGAAGAGGCAUGUGACGAUACUCUAAUAUGUAGCCUGACGAUUUAAUAGAUAAUAAUAUAAACAUUCACUACCUGUCUGCAGACCGAUGCUAUUUGGAGCUUUCACAAACAGGUGUGAUUUUUAAAUUUUUGCUAUGCACACCAUUCCCAGAGGCUUCUGUCUGGAACAUAAGGAAAUCCCUCAGAAGAAGCUUCAUGCAGGCUGUCUUUGCUGGAGUGGAACCCUAAUCACAUGAUUGCUAUAAAACUGAUUUACUAAGGUGGUUUGAGGCUUGGCAUAAUAGGGGAGGCCAUCCAACUAAUUGCAAAUUAUGAAUCAGUUGACUGUUCAAUCAUAAAUAUUGGAUUGAGGGACAGGUAAGAAAGUGGCAAUUUACUGAUGAAAAUUGCUGUACUAAUUCUAAUAAUAAUUUAUGAUUUUGAUUUGAGUUUUGUCUGCUGGGUCGCAUGAUACCACCAUCCCAUCCCCACAACCUCACUUUCUGUAUUUCUUGUAUUAAUUUACUUUUAUUAUGAAUUUUUUUGCAGUUAUUUUUCACCCAGCACCAUUUGAACGAUGAGGCAGCACCAUAAUAGGGAGACAGAGGAUCCAAAUCUACCUGGCAACCUGCCUUAAUGGGCCCUCUCAGGCUCAUGCUCUUGUGAUGCUCCACUAGUGAUACUCCACUAUUUGCAGAACAAACACUUGACAAAGCCCUCCACAAGAGGUGCUUGUUUUUCCAGUGGACUGCAUUUGAAACCAUGUACAUGGACCAUAUUUGUUAGCUAGAAAUACAUACUAAACAACACAGCCCAAGAAAGCAAAACUACUAUUUGAAGUAUUUUCUCUCUACUCAA